CAGUACCCGGGGAAAGAAUUGAGUUGACGGCGUGUUCCUAUGAAUGAUGGAUCGAAAACAUCAGCAACCUCCUGCAGUUGAUCUUGCUAGCUAGUAAGCCUCGAUCUCUUCGUCUUCUGAUCAAAUACCUCGUCUCUAUGUUCGAGCAGAGCCAAUGAAUUGUUGCUUACUGAGUUGCACAAACGAUUACUGGAAGAUCACAUGCUCCGACAAAUCGAUGACCGUAAUCCUGCCGGUGAUUGUCUACUUGUCUGUUCACGCCCUUCUACUAAGAGAUCCUUGUCUCGCAAAUAGAUCGAUCAGCUGAACCUACCACAGGAUCAGCGUCACUGAUCGUAUUACUUUCCUUUGUGAGAAGAAGAAGCAGGAUUUCUAGAGCCCAGCCACCAUGAGCCUGUCAAAGGCCAUUGGGGUCAUCAGUGGCAUCAAUGAGUUCGGCAAUUUGUUCCAAUUGGUUAGAUCUGCAGUCUCACAUCUGUUGUCCCAACGAAGUGGAACGCAUGAGCAGCAUCUUCGUGAAGAUGACUUACUGCAGCUACAGAGUGACCUUCGAUGCCUCAGUGAAACUCUACCCUCAAUGUACAGCCUCAUUGAUCGAGCUGAAUGGAGAAGUCAUGUACCCUGUGUGGCACAGCUCCUUCCAAAACUCAAGGAUGCAGUGUAUGAUGUGGAGGACAUUCUGGAUGAGUUCAGAUGGUACGAACUGAAGCUGGCAAUUGAGGGCAUGGCAACACAGAUGUCUCCUUUCACUGACUUCUUUCAGAGCGUGACUCAAGGAAACUUUAGCAAGGUGACUGAUAUCCAGAGAAGGGUAAACAAUCUUUCUAGGCAGCUCGAGAAGAUGGACUUGCAUCAAGCCACUCCACGGUUUGACAAAUCAGUCAGACCGGAGACCACAUCUUUCCCUACUGAGCAGAACUUGUUUGGUCGUGACAAGGAAAUGAAUGAGUUGAUUAGAUUGCUAGGUGUACAUCGAAACGGAAGCAUAGCUCCAUCCAAACGCAAGAGAACAGGAAGUGGAAUUGUUGUGUCAGCUGAAAAUUAUAAUGAAGUGGCAAUGGCAUGUGUUCCAGUUUUGCCAAUAGUUGGAAUUGGAGGUGUUGGAAAGACUAGUUUGGUCCAACGCUUAUGCGAGCAUAAACAGGUGACUUCCCAUUUCGACAAAAAUAUAAUAUGGAUUUGUGUCUCAGAUGACUUUGAUGUGAAGAGGAUAACCAAAGAGCUCAUACAGAUACUAUCUUCAAGAGAAGCUACAACAGAUAAUUUGGAUUCUCUUCAGCAUACUGAUAAUUUGGAUUCUCUUCAGCAUACUCUUGCAACUUCUAUGAACCAAAAAAAGUUCCUGCUUAUCCUUGAUGACAUGUGGGAAGACGUCCUGAAAGAAAGUGGGGGAUGCUGGAACAGGUUUUGUGCACCUUUUAUGAAUGCAAUUCAGGGCAGUAUGAUGCUGGUCACCACUAGGUCUCAAAAGGUCGCUGAUCAAGUGGGCACAAUGGUCCCAUUUCAAUUAGAGGGUCUGAAAGAUCAUGUCUUUUGGGAGUUCUUCAAACUCUAUGUCUUUGGAUAUGAUAACUCCAACAAUUAUCCUGAGUUGGAACGCAUUGGUAAACAAAUGCUGCCGAAGUUGAGAGGUUCUCCUUUAGCCGCAAAGACUAUUGGACGCCUGUUACAAAUGAACCUCGACACUACACACUGGAACAGUAUACACAAGAGUGAAUUAUGGGAGCUGAGACAAGAGGAAGCUGACAUUUUACCAGCCCUUCGGUUGAGCUACAUAUAUUUACCAUUCCAUCUGAAGAGAUGCUUCUCAUUCUGUGCCCUUUUCCCCAAAGAUUACAUCUUUGAAAAGCAUCGUAUAUCUGAAAUUUGGGUGGCAGAAGGAUUAGUUGAACCUCAAGGUGACAUUCCGAUUCUAGAAAUUGGUUGUCAGUACUUUGAGGACCUUGCUAGUCGGUCCUUCUUUCAGAUGGUUCAUAGAUAUUAUGUAAUGCACGACUUGAUGCAUGACAUGGCACAGCUAGUCUCAAAGGACGAGUGCUUCACUAUUAAAAAUGAGAGCGACUUCCUUAAGGUUCCCAGAAGUGUUCGCCAUCUAUCAAUACUGUCUAGCAUAAACAGUGACAAUCCAAAGUUGUUGAGUCUAUGCAAGUACAAGAAACUACGAACCCUAAUUUACGAUGGGACUGUAAGCGAUAAGACUUCAGCCUCUCCAAUGGAUUGCUGGUGUAGUGAACUACAGUAUAUUCGUUUGUUUUCUUGUGCCUCAAUGAGGGAGCUACCAGAGAGUAUCAGCAACAUGAAGCAUCUUCGGUACCUUCAUAUCAGUAAGGCUUGCCCUUUCAAGAGCCUUCCUUCAGGAUUCUAUUGCCUCUACAAUUUGCAGGUCAUGUAUGCUAGGAAUUGUGAAUUUAAAAGCUUUUGUAAUGAAUUUGUUAAGCGUCUGACGAAAUUACGGAGAUUUAUAACCCGGAGACUUCAAUAUCAUCAUGGAGUUGCCAGUUCACUGAGCCUCAUGGGUUAUCCAGGUGAAUCUUUUGAUUUCUGGAUUCAGCCACAAAAAAUGCAAGACUUCUUAACAUCAGAUGAGACUGGCGGUUCUAUUAGACUCAAAAGCAUGCCAGUUUCUAGGAGCUCACAGUGCCAAAGCCUCAAUGUGAUACCUACUGUGCUAGUAGAGAAGAAUAAUGACAAUACUGACAGCAUUUUCUCAUCCCUGACAAACAUAACCAUCGAAGGUUGCAUAAGCUUAACAAGUCUUGAGCAAUUUCUUCAACCAGCUUAUUUGCCUGCCGUAAAGAAGAUAAAAAUUGCAAAUUGCAAAAGGUUAGUAUCAGUACCAACUGCAAGGCUUGGAGAUUUGCUUUGUCUUGAAGAACUUAUAGUUACUCAAUGUCCAAGUAUCAGUUCACGAGGUCUUCAGGUCCCAUCCCUAAAGAAGCUCGAAUUGAAAGAAUCUGGCAAUCUUGGAGAAGAUAUUGAGUGUUGCUCCCUCAACUACUUACACUUAUCGUAUUCCAGUUUGACAUCCAUCAACCUACAACUGUGGAGUCUACCAGCUCUAAAGACACUCAGCAUAACGAAGUGUCAAUAUCUUGCAUAUAUCGGAGAAUCUACAACUCGUGACAGCAGCAGCAGCAUCAGGAGCAUUAAAUCAUUCUCGUCGCUCACUGACCUAAUCAUUUCCAGGUGCGAUAACUUGGUAACCUUUGAUGACAUCCUAACACAUGACUAUGUCCCUGUCAUUGAGAGAAUUCAAGUUGAUAAUUGUUAUAAUGAGCUAAGAUCCCUCCCUGGUGAAAGAUUUGGGACCUUUUCAACUCUAAAAGCUUUGCACAUUCGGUCAUGUCCACUUCUCAGCUGGCAGAGUGGAAUGGCAUUACCAUCGUCCCUUCGAUUGCUCUUCAUAGAAUUCUGUGGAGAUUUGUCUGCCUGGUUUCCCAGCUGCCUGGAGAACCUUACUUCUCUCGAGUCACUCCAGAUGGUUUCAUGUGAGCGCAUAGUGUCUAUUCCAGGCCACUCGAAUCUAAGAUCACUCAGGUAUUUGUGGAUUGAGAAUUGUCCACACCUUGUAUCUGUUGGUGGACCAGAAGCAAUUGAAAACAAAACGAUGGUAUACAUUAGUGGAUGUCCAAUGUUGAAGGAACUACAUCAGCCAGUGUGCAGGUGGCAGAAGUAGAUCUCUGCAUUGUCCCUUAUUAGAUUAUAAUUAAUCAUUCGUGUGAUGGAGCGACAAGCUGCAAAACUUGAAGACCAAAGAGGAGUGCCAAACAACCGUUCUGUCCUUCAAUAGAAUAAUUUAUAUUAUUUACUUUGUAUACUCUUAAUUAUUCCAGAGGUGGCUAUAUACAUGAAUCAUAUUCUCUGUAAUAUUUGAACAGGGUUAUUGUCCAUUGAUUUGGUA